AUGACAUCUAAUCUGACUCACUGCACACAAGUUAACCUUGACUUUACGAAAAACUUUCUUUCUACUGUAUUUUCUGCUGUUUUUGUUUUUGGACUUCUUGCCAAUUGCUGGGGCCUGAAAUCGAUGUGUACAAAAUGGACAAAGCUGGGAAACAUCAACAUUUUUGCAUUAAACCUAUGCAUGGCUGACAUUUUCUAUCUGCUUACUUUGCCAUUUCUGGUGGCGUAUUAUGCAAAAAAUCAAACAUGGAUGUUUGGACAGCCCUUCUGCAAGAUCACCAGAUUCCUGUUUAAUGUCAAUCUCUACGGGAGUAUCGGUUUCCUCACCUGCAUCAGCGUCUACAGGUAUCUGGGAAUUGUACACACCCUGAAGAUUAAAGGCAGAAUAACCGAGCGUCACUCUGUCGGGAUAACCGUUUUGGUCUGGUUUUUGGUGGUCCUUCAGAGUCUACCUGAUGUGUUUUUUAAGAAAACAGACGACAGACUUAAGUGCUUUGACACAGCUGGGAAUGACAGCAUUGAUCACUAUAUGAAAUACAGCCUCAUACAGACAGUGACUGGAUUUGUAAUCCCUUUGGUGAUCAUAUUGUGCUGUUAUGGACAUGUAGCUGUGACUCUAGCUAACAAGAAGGAUGCUGGUGAUGCCAUGCUACGGAUAAAGUGCUUCAGACUGGUGCUGAUCCUGGCUCUGCUCUUUUCCAUAUGUUUCAUCCCUUUCCACAUUCUUAGAAAUCUCAACCUGAUGACUCGUGUCUUGAAGAACAACGGCAUCUGUAAGUCAUGGUUUGGGCAAGUCUACAUUGCCAGGCAAAUAAGCGGUGGUUUGGCAUGUCUGAACUCGGUCAUCAACCCAUUAGCAUAUUUGCUAAACAGCGAUGAACUACUGAUGAGCUGGUUGAGGCAGCUGCAUGAGCGGUCAGAGCAAGCAGCAGAGGUGUUACAAUCAAAAUUGUAA